CAAAAAUCCCUUCCUUUUGGGAAGAAGAACAAUGCUGAUUUUCGAUAAAGGCAUUUUCCAAUUACUGUUCAUUUGAACCCUUCGCUGAAAAAUUAUGCUGUUUCGUUUUCAAGCAUCAGUUUCAAUUUCAAUCGCCAGUUCCUGUUUCUCGAAUUUUGCUCCAUCAAAACUAGGGUUUCUUUCCAUCUCUUCUUCCCCAACGCAUUCAUUCGCCAAGAUGGCGUCCGACCACUACACCUUUGGGCGAUACAAGAUUCAUCCGAAGGAAGUAUUCUUCUCCACCACUCUCUCUUACGCCAUGGUCAACCUCCGCCCGCUUCUUCCUGGUCACGUGCUUGUCUGCCCAAAGCGUGAAGUUCAGCGCUUUGCCGAUCUCACUGCUGACGAGACUUGUGAUCUAUGGCUGGCUGCUCAGCGGGUUGGUCGUCAACUUGAGUUGUACCAUGAUGCUUCAUCACUCACACUUGCAAUUCAAGAUGGGCCCCAAGCAGGACAAACUGUACCUCAUGUUCACAUUCAUAUUCUCCCAAGGAAGGGUGGUGACUUUGAGAAGAAUGAUGAGAUUUAUGAUGCUCUUGAUGAGAAGGAGAAGGAAUUGAAGCAACACCUUGAUUUGGACAAGGAGAGGAAAGAUMGAGGCCUAGAGGAGAUGGCUCAAGAGGCAGGUGAAUACAGAAAGCUUUUCUUGUAACUUUCCUGUGCUUCUAAUUCUGAUUUUAUAUUAUUUUUGCUUUUGCAAUAUCUUCAGUAUUUUCGAACUAUUCUGUUGUAAUUUAUGACAACAUAAACUACUAAGAACGUGUAACGAACUGACUUUUAAUAUGAUUAUAUAUUUAUAUUUAGGUUUAAA